GAAGCGACUUACCCUGACUCGGGAGAUUUUAGCUGGUUUCGAAGCCAACACACUUUUAUUUUGUAUCUUGAUUUCAUAAAAUGGCUAAUAGAACUGUUAAAGAUGCAAACAGUAUUCAUGGAACAAAUCCACAGUAUCUGGUAGAGAAAAUUAUAAGAACUCGAAUAUAUGAAUCUAAAUAUUGGAAGGAAGAAUGCUUUGGACUUACGGCUGAGCUCGUUGUUGAUAAAGCCAUGGAGCUGAAGUUCGUCGGUGGAGUGUACGGAGGAAAUAUCAAACCAACACCGUUCUUGUGUCUUACGCUCAAAAUGCUGCAGAUUCAACCAGAAAAAGACAUCAUCGUAGAAUUCAUCAAAAACGAGGAUUUCAAGUAUGUCCGUUUGCUUGGAGCUAUGUACAUGAGGUUGACCGGCACAUCAGUUGACUGCUACAAGUACCUGGAACCACUGUACAACGACUACAGGAAGAUCAAAAGUCAAAACCGGAAUGGAGAAUUUGAGCUGAUGCAUGUUGAUGAGUUUAUCGAUGAGCUUCUCCAUGCUGAGAGAAUGUGUGACAUCAUCCUUCCGAGGCUACAGAAGAGGCAGGUUCUGGAGGAGGCUGAGCUGUUAGACACACGCAUCAGUGCCCUGGAGGAAGACUUGGACGAGGUGGAGACCAGCGAAGAGGAAGACGAGGAGGAGGAAAAGCCAGAGAGAGCUCAGACCCCGGAGCCGCACAGGCGCAGUUACCGUGACAACGACAGACCGCGCCGCUCUCCUUCUCCUCGCUACAGGCGCAGUCGUUCGCCCCGAAGGAGGAGCAGAUCUCCUAAGAGACGAAGCCCGUCCCCCAGGCGAGAGCGUCACCGCAGUAAAAGCCCCCGUCGCCAUCGCACCAGGUCCAGGGAGCGACGCCACCGGUCCAAGUCCCCAGGCCAUCACAGAAGUCACAGGCAUCGCAGCCACUCCAAAUCCCCAGAAAGGAGUUCCAAAAAGAGAAACAAGAAGAGCCGGAGAGGAAAUGAGUGAUUGGUUUAGUUUUGUAGCCCUGGAUUUUUUGAAAGUGUUUUUUUUUUUUUUUUACCUCUACAAACCUGGUUGUGUCAUGUAUGUCUUAAGCUAAGUUAAUUGUUUUAUUUUUCAAUUUGUUGGUUAUUUUAGAACCAUCCAUCCAAUAAAUAUUGCUGAAAAAAAACUGUCAUUCAGCUCCAUAUUGUCUACCACGGUACUCCAAUUAAAGCAUUUAGAAGACUAGUGGAGGUUAAGAGGUUGCCAUGGACACUAAAUUCUG